AUGAGCACAUUGUGUGUUGUGAUCGACUGUAAUGCCGUUAGGUGGGGAUCAGCUGUUGAAAGUUAUGGCGAGGCGGUCUACAAAACGAUUCUUUCUGGUACCGUUGCAUUUGUCAACGCUCAUCUUUCCUUGUCGGCAGAAAAUGUGGCUGCAGUUAUGGCUGCAAGUUCACCAUUUAAAAAUCCAUUGCUGACAAUAUCGGACCAAGCUACCGAGGUUUACUUUAUAAAUCCUGACUUCACCCUUCAUACUUUACAAAAAUUACAAGAAACUUUGGCUGCUUCAGCUCGCUCAGAAACUAGCUCUCGAUUAAGCCACUUUUCAUCCGCAUUAGCUGUUGCAUUCUGCCAUAUCAACCGACUGAAGCGUUAUUUUGGUAAUAAAGGUCGAAUAUUGAUUGUUAGCAUGGGUGGCGAUUUUGCAAGCGAAAGAAAUAGUCUUAUGAACAUAUUUUUUGCAGCUCAUAAGCAUGAAGUUGUUGUUGACGUUGCUAAUAUUGGUAAAUCGAACCCAAUUUUACACCAAGCAUGCGACAUAACUGGUGGGAUACAUCUUGAAAUUGAGGAUCCAACCAUAUUUAUUCAGAGGCUGCUUGUGCAUUGCUUGGGGUCAUCUUCUCUCCGUUCUAUGUUUGCUGAAGGUGAUUCUUCGGUUGUCGAUUAUCGCACUAUUUGUCACUGCCAUGGUAAACCCGUCGAGAUUGGUUACGUUUGCUCUGUGUGCCUUUCAGUGAAAUGUCAGUUUAGUCCGAUCUGUUCAGUUUGCAACACGGUUCACAAGAUUGAAACUCUGCGCGCCAAGAAAAGACGACGGGAGGAGUAA